AUGGUCUCCCCGACAGCAGCAGAGAAGUCGACUGCCCCCGGGGGCGGAGAAAGAUCGACCCCCGCCACGGCAGCAAACGACCCCAGCCUCCAGGGGAUGCGAGCCGGCUCAGCGAGCGGAGGGCCGUCUGUCCGCGACUGGGCGCACUCCUCGGGGUCCGGACCCGGGACCGGACCGGUUGCCGGUGCCGGUGCCGGGUUGGGAGACACUCGUCGCAAAGGCAGCUCCCGCUGGUGGAAGAUCCGCCUCUUCCGGGGCAUGGCGAACGACCUCCGGAAGCGGGCGCCCUAUUAUGUGAGCGACUGGCUCGACGCGUGGAAUUACCGGGUCGUGCCCGCGACGGUCUACAUGUUCUUCGCCAACAUCCUCCCUGCGCUGGCCUUCUCACUGGACAUGUUCAACAAGACCGACAUGCACUAUGGCGUCAACGAGGUGCUGCUUUCCUCUGUCCUGGGCGCUGUGGUGUUCUCGGUCCUGGCGUGUCAGCCGCUGGUUAUUGUGGGUGUGACGGGGCCGAUUACCGUGUUCAACUACACCGUGUACGAUAUCAUGAAGCCCACGGGCACCAACUACAUGGCGUUCAUGUGCUGGAUCGGCCUAUGGUCGCUCGUCUUCCACUGGGUGCUGGCCAUCACUAACUCGUGCAACUGGCUGCGCUACGUGACCCGCUUCCCGUGCGACAUCUUUGGCUUCUACGUCGCCUUCAUCUACCUGCAGAAGGGCAUCCAGAUCCUCGAGACGCUCGGCGACGCGGCGGCCUUCUACCUCUCGCUCGCCGUGGCGCUGCUGGUCUUCGCCGUCGCCUACAUCUGCGGCGAGCUGGGCCGGAGCAGCCUGUUCAGCCACCCGGUGCGCGUCUUUCUCAAGGACUACGGCACGCCGCUGACCCUCAUCUUCUUCACGGGCUUCGUGCACAUGGGCAAGAUGCAGCACGUGCCGCUCGAGACGCUGCCGACGGGGCGCGCCUUCACGCCGACCAUGCCGGAACGCGGCUGGUUUGUGCGCUUCUGGGACAUUCCGCUGAGCGACGUCUUCGUGGCGAUUCCCUUCGCCGUGCUGUUGACCGUCCUGUUCUGGUUCGACCACAACGUGUCGUCGCUCAUCGCGCAGGGCACCGAAUUCCCGCUCCGGAAGCCCGCCGGCUUCCACUGGGACCUCUUCCUCCUCGGCCUGACCACGGGCGUCGCCGGCCUGCUCGGCCUGCCUUUCCCCAACGGGCUGAUCCCGCAGGCGCCCUUCCACACGGAAUCCCUGUGCGUAACCGAGGCCGUCGUCGUGCCCCCGUCCGGGUCCGGCUCCGGGUCCGGGUCCCCAGAUUCGACAGACUGCGACAAUGGCAACAACAACACCAACAGCAAUAGCGGAACCGGAGUCAAGCUCGCCUUCCGCCCGGCCUACGUCGUCGAGCAGCGCGUGUCCAACCUUGCGCAGGGGCUGCUGACGCUCGUCGCCAUGGCGGGCCCGCUGCUCCACGUGCUGCACCUCAUCCCGCAGGGCGUGCUGGCGGGGCUCUUCUUCAUCAUGGGCUUCCAGGCGCUCGAGGGCAACGGCAUCACGGCGAAGCUGCUGUUCCUCCUGCGCGACCGCGCCUUGACCCCGCUGUCGCACCCGCUCAGCCGGGCCCGGAGGAGCGGCGGCGGCGGCGUGGAGGUGGUGGUGGUGCGCCGCCGCGCCGUCUGGCUGUUUGUCCUGGUCGAGCUGGCCGGCUUUGGCGCCACCUUUGCCAUCACGCAGACCGUGGCCGCCGUCGGCUUCCCCGUCUUCAUCCUGCUGUUGAUCCCCGUCCGCGCGACGCUCUUGCCGAGGUGGCUCACGCCGCAGGAGCUGGCCGUGCUGGACGAGCCGACGGCCAGUCCGUUUACCAUGGAGAGCGUCGGCGGGUCGUUUGGCGGGCCGGGCCGGAGUGGUGAGAGCGGUUGUGAUGAUGGCGAUAAUCAUGAUGAUCAUGGUCAUGGUAUCUUCCUCGACGCGCCCGAACGCGAAUCCGGCGAGGAGACGGAUCGGUCAGGGCGACAGAAGGCGGCGGCCGAUUACCUCGGUGGUCGAGUCGGUGGACGGAGUGAUGUGGAACUGGCCGAGCUUGGAGAAAGUCGGUCGGGGGCGGUGAGGCGGCGGUUGAGUACGCUGCAUCGUGAGGGUUAG